CCAGCGCUACUUCAGGGCUCGAUCCAAAACCCUUCUAGUCGCCUACAGUACCGGAAGUACCGCCCAAAUACUAUCGCUGGUUACACUGGCGCACUGUUUAGGACGGUGAUUUGCGGUUUCGGACGGAGCCCAGCCCAGGAGCGGCUUGUGUCUAGAACCAGUUCUAGGGUGUGAACUUUAAGCUUAAAGAACUUCCCUUUCCAACCUUCCCGGCGCGCCUCUGAAAACAUCUCGGCUUCCGUAGCUGAAGUAGCUCAUUUGUAGACUUUUUUUUAACCCACCCCCCAUUUUAAUUAUUUUAUAUGUUAUUGAUUUUUGCUAUUGCGUUUUUUUAGGCGACAAACUACCGACGUGAAGCGACAGAGGAUAGAGAGAGAAAAAACGCGAAAUGUCAUUGGGUUUAUGAAUUCAGUGGCAGGGCGAAUAGAAAAAGCCUGUUAGCUUCCCUGUUAGCUCGUAGCCCACGCUACUAUGGUUUUUACUUAAUGCUAACUGUUAAUGCUAACGUUAAUGAAGAUGUUGAAUGUGAGUUAAAGUGCUGAGUGGAGGGGAAGGAAUAAGGAGGACACAUCCGUGUGGCUUUUCUCAAAACAUUUACUUGAGAAAUUGAACAUUUGGGAACAGAUCGCUAACGCCGAUAGCUCGAAGUAGGAAAUACGGUGAUCGUGUCUUCGCAUUGGACCUCAGAUAACAGUUUCUGCUCCAGAUUUAUUUAUUUAAUAAUAAUAACAAUAAUAAUAAUAAUAAUGAUGAUUGAAUAUACAAAGUUAUCCCUUAUACAAAAGCUGUGAUAUUAACUGUGAGAUUGCGCUUGUUUUUGGGGGAAACAGUUGUCAGUCUGUGGACAUGUCAAAAGGGUUUGUUAAUUGACUCGAGGGAAUAAAACAAAAACAAGCAUGUCCUUCAUGCAUGCCCUGGUCUUCUGAUGGUGGUGAUCAUGGACAUCUCAGGUUAUACAGAUAGUUUUGAUGAGCUCUCUCACACUGUGCGCUUGUAAAUAAGUGUGGUUCAUGUAGAUGUUUGUACGCCGGAAGAGAUCAGGGUCCAAAUCCGUGCAUUUGCGAGGACACUGAGAUUUCAGCAGAGACAUGUCCGGAGACAGCAGCAGCAGCAGCAGCAGUGGGGAAGACUCGGACAGGGAGACGACCCGGAAGAAGACCUGCACCGUUAAACAUGAGAUCACUAACGCGAAUCUCACAGGACACACUGAGAAAGUUGGCAUGGAGAACUUCGAACUUCUCAAAGUGCUCGGCACCGGAGCUUACGGAAAAGUGUUCCUGGUCCGAAAGAUCAGCGGCCACGACGAAGGCAAACUUUAUGCCAUGAAGGUUCUGAAGAAGGCAGCGAUCGUGCAGAAGGCGAAGACGGCAGAACACACGCGGACAGAGAGGCAGGUUCUCGAACACAUUCGCCAGUCGCCUUUCUUGGUCACACUGCACUACGCCUUUCAGACCCAGACCAAGCUCCAUCUUAUCCUGGACUAUGUGAGCGGAGGAGAGAUGUUCACUCACCUCUACCAGCGUGAUCACUUCUCUGAGGAUGAGGUGCGAAUCUACGUGGGAGAGAUCGUGCUUGCGCUUGAGCACCUGCACAAGCUCGGCAUCGUGUAUCGGGACAUUAAGCUGGAGAACAUUCUGCUGGACAGUGACGGUCAUGUGGUGCUCACUGAUUUCGGCCUGAGUAAGGAGUUUUUGGAGGAGGAGAAAGAGAGGACCUACUCAUUCUGUGGAACCAUUGAGUACAUGGCACCAGAAAUCAUCCGAGGAAAAGCCGGUCAUGGGAAGUCAGUAGAUUGGUGGAGUUUGGGGAUUCUCAUGUUCGAGUUGCUGACUGGUGCGUCUCCGUUCACCUUAGAGGGUGAGAGGAACUCUCAGAGUGAGGUGUCCAAACGUAUCCUUCGCUGUGAUCCUCCUUUCCCUUCUAUAAUCGGGCCUGUAGCUCAGGACCUGAUCAGAAAGCUCCUGGUAAAAGACCCACAUAAGAGAUUGGGUUCUGGGCCCAGAGGUGCAGAGGACAUUAAGAGUCAUCCUUUCUUCAAGGGUUUGAAUUGGACAGAUUUGGCAGCAAAGAAAGUCACAAGUCCGUUCAAGCCAGAACUACGUAAUGAGCUGGACGUGGGGAAUUUUGCUGAGGAGUUCACAGGCAUGGAGCCGGUCUACUCCCCUGCUAGCACACCUCCCAGCACUGACCGUCUCUUCCAGGGCUACUCAUUUGUAGCUCCAUCCAUUUUGUUCAACAAAAAUGCGGUGAUGGGAGAUUUCCUGGAUGCUCCAGUGAGUGUAGAGCGACCUGGCUCUGCUACGGUUCAGCGUAGUGCCAUGUUAAAGGAGUCCCAGUUUUUCCUUCAUUAUGAGCUGUGUCUUCAGGGGUCACCGCUGGGCGAGGGCAGUUUCUCCGUCUGCAGGAAGUGCAGACACAAGCAAACUGGGCAGGAGUAUGCCGUGAAAAUCAUCAGCCGCAGGAUGGAGUCCAUGACUCAGAGGGAGAUCGCAGCACUUAGACAGUGUGAAUCUCAUCCGAACAUCGUUACUCUCCAUGAGGUCUACACCGAUCAGUAUCACACAUAUAUGGUAAUGGAGCUCUUGCGUGGGGGUGAGCUGCUGGAGCGACUGAAGAGAAAGAAGCUGUUUGCCGAAGGGGAGGCCAGUCAACUGAUGAAAAGCCUGGUGUCAGCCGUCAGCUUCAUGCACGAGGCUGGAGUCGUGCACCGAGACCUUAAGCCGGAGAAUAUACUUUUUGCCGAUGAGGCGGAGGACUCGUUGCUGAAAGUGAUUGAUUUUGGGUUUGCGCGCUUGUUUCCGGCGGGCAGUGCUCCACUGCAGACGCCAUGCUUCACGCUGCAGUAUGCUGCACCCGAGCUUUUUCACAAGUCCGGAUACGACAAAGCAUGCGACCUCUGGAGCCUUGGAGUUAUCCUGUACACCAUGCUCUCUGGACAAGUCCCGUUCCAGAGUGAGAAGAAGGGAAUGACUUCUUCACACGCUGCCGACAUAAUGCACAAGAUUAAAGAAGGAGACUUCUCAUUGGAUGGCGAUGGUUGGAAAGGGGUGUCCGAAGAGGCAAAAGAACUAGUCAGAGGUCUUUUAACAGUGGACCCCGAGCGGCGACUGAAACUUUCAGAUUUAAAGGAGAACGCAUGGCUGCAGGGUGGAGGCGUGUCUUCUACACCUCUCUGCACCCCUGAUGUCCUGGAGUCGAGCGGCCCCAUUGUCCGCACCUACGUCAAUGCCACGUACAAGGCAUUCAACCGGGGCAAGCGAGAGGGGUUUUUCCUGAAGAGCGUGGACAACGCACCACUGGCCAAACGCCGCAAGCUGAAAAUGACCAGCACGGGCGUGGAGACACGCCGCAGCUCAUCGUCCUCGUCUUCCUCAUCGUCCUCCUCUGCUUCUCACGCCAAGACCCAGAUCCCAGACGACCCGAAACUGUGACCUUGUUGACGGAGCGCACGAUCCGUCAACUCACCUCGAACGCCGCCUUGAGAAACGAGAGGUCAAUGAAGGAAAGCAUUAACUCGAGACGGCGCAGGAUUGGUACUCGUGAAGGGACUUUGAGUCGAGACCGAUCACUGGACAGUCGUUAAACUGAGAAUGACGGCUUGAAAACUCUUGGCGUAUGAAUUUAUAAGGGGCCAUAAAGUGCCAGGAUUAUUGUAGCCAGCCGGAGGCUGAGUGAUACAUAGAAAUAAUUUUUAACUUCUCAAUGUUUGAUCAUGACGUGAGCUUUUCGAUUCGAGUGAAUGUACACACUUAGGAAACGUCACCUUGCACGAGGUCAUGCGAGGUCUUUUUUUAUUUUUAUUUCAUUUUAUUUUAAUAUAAAGUAGAAUAGAGUUUUAGCGAGAGAAAUUAUUUUUCAAAAAAAAAAAAAAAAAGGGGGGGGAAAUGGAGUUAUAACAAGCCAGGACCGAAAAGCCAUAUGCGAAAGAAGGGAAUUGAUUUUAAAAUUAUUAUAUUUAAAAUAAAAAGGAAUCGAUAUUUGUCACUGAACAGAGCCACAUCUACAGAGAACAGCUUUAUAUAAAUCGUAUACUGUAUACUUUUAGGAUGAAUAGUGAGUGUCACUGUAUAAAAACGUGCUAAACGGCAAUACAUGCAUGACCUUAUUUAUUUUUUCACAAGCUGAAUCACAUGGUCUGAGCAACUUGAAACGGUCACCAACUCAACGCUUUAGUUCCGAGCCUCAGACGCUUCGUCACUUGAUCGGUGCUACUUCACGUAGGAGGAGGAUAACGAUCUGAAAGUUAGGAUGUGGCUGUGAUGUUAAAGGUGCAAUAGGUAGGAAAACAAUUGAACAAUCCUUUUUUUUGGCUUCCAGAAGCUGUUUUCUUUCCCUUUUUUUUAUUGAUCUUUUUUUGUGAUAGUGCUCGAUUUAUCUCCAGUAAUAUGUUACACCUUCGUAGCAUUCACAACAGUCUCUUUAAAGAAAAGGGAUUUCGUUUGCGGGAUUCUUUUUCGAUCCGAAAGCAAAAUUCCUACUUGUCGCUCCUUUACAGUCUGUUGUUGUUUUUUUUUUAGUUUUGCGCUUCAGAAGUAGUGACGUGUGUGUGAACUUGCAUGCCAACUCUAUAGAAUCCUCAAAACCGAGGAUGAUUUCUUUUUCAUUUUUAAACACAUUGUACAAAAAAAAAAAUCCACCUCUUUUUUUUUUUUUUUUUGGUUGCAAAAAUCUGCCUGAAUAUUUUUAAGGGCUUCAGCACACCGAGCUGUGUGUUAUCUGGCACUGUGAGAGACGGAGAACAUCAAGAAGCAAAGCCGUCUUUCACUCUUCACCCCAUCACAAGCUUUUCAGGACUUUCCGGAAGGAUACUAACAACGCACAGACUGAGUAAAGGUAUUAAGGAGAGGGCACGAGGUCACCGCAAACACUCAUUAAACAUUCAUGAACACCACGUCGCUGUCCUCCUGCAUGGUCCUGAACUGCAGCAUUCUUCUCAUUUAACAUGCCAAAAAGAAUUUCACACGUUUCAAGAACACGCACUUGGCUUCGAAAGACGCAAAUUGGCGAACAAAGCACUAGCACUCUUCCGUGGCUUUUUCUUUUUCUUUUUUUUUGCCACUCGCGUAUCACGCGAACAAACCAUGAGUUUGCUCUUCUGACGGAUUUCCAGUGUUUCGUAUGUGACGAUGCCAAACGAGUCCGACGCAUUCAAGGACACUUUUUAAAACCCUGACUGAUGAACAUACUGAUGAUACACUUUGUUGUUGUCGAUGUUGAUGUUUUGUUUUUUUUCUUUUCUUGAUUUGAUUAAACCAUUCUACGUUUCUACGCAUUUGACGUCGCACAAUUCGAGGUCGAAACAGCGUGGACGUGUUCCCAGCUUUAAAAACAAUUGCGGCUUACGUCUUUUACAUUUAUUGUUUUGAUUUGGUGUUAUUUUGAGCAAUGGCUUCCUGCUUGCUUUAUUUGGGUUCUGUGUUUUUUUGUUUUGUUUCUUUUUGUAAAAAAAUUUUCGUGUCUAUAUUUAGUGAUGUACUUCCUUUGCUGUAAGGAACAUUCUAUUCUUCUUUGCUCCUACAAGUCCGACACACUGCACUAAAAAAAAAAAAACAAAAACAAAAUAGUAUUUGUGGAAAUGUUCAUGAUUUCGAUCACAAAGCGUUUAUUUGUCGUAAUGAUGAUUUCAUUGUCUUUGGUUUCUCUUGUUGGUGUUUUAAGUCCUUUUAUAUGUAUCUUAUGUAUUUUUUUUUUUAUUCUGAAUUGCAUGUUUUACUCUCUUACAUUUUUUAUAUAAUAAUUAAUGUUCUGUCUUCAGAUAAUGGUAAGAAUUGUUUUUAUAAGAAAUGAGCAUUAUGAAACUGAAAUCAAAUGCACUGUUUGAUAGCAACAUGAGAAAAUCCUUCCUGGUUCUCUUCCUUCUGAUCCCCCAUUCGACGCUGUUAAAUCUUAAAUAACAUUAAAUAUAAAGCACCUCACUAUUUUUAAAAAUCCUCUACUCUCUUAUUUGGCAGUGUAAUAAUAACAAAACCUGUUGAAUGAAUCUGGAACAUGUCAUCCUUUCCUGUCAAUAUUGUAAAGGAUGAAAGGGAUUUAAGGGUUUUAUUUAUUCCAUUUUUGGGUUGCAAACGGAUUAAAAAACAAAAUUCAUUGUAAA